UGAUUUACCAAAAGAUGUUAUAAAAGCUAUCAUCAUUAAAGCGAGUGAAGCGUUAGAACAAGUUUCGAUUAAAUUUAGAUCGGAAGAUAUUAGCGAGGGACUUGAAACAUUGGUGAAUCAUUGUCAAAACAUUACUCACUUAUCCUUAAGCGCUUAUACUGGGCAAGUUGAUAUAGCAAGCGUAAUAUCUAUUAUAAGUCUUUUAAAAAAUAUCACUCAUUUAAAAUUAAGUUUUGGUAAUAUUAACGUUGGGGAUGAAUUGGAAAAUGAAUUUUCAAAGCUUCAAUUAGAAAAAUUGCAAUAUUUGGAGCUAAUUAAUUUUGAUAUUAAAAGUUUAAAGGGUUACCUAUCUAAAUGUUGUUCGCCUUUAUCUACCAUCAUUACGAAUUUUAUUGAAGAGACAAAUCUUUCAAUCUUUUUGGAUUUUUCAAAAGAGCGAAAUACCUUGAAGUGGGUUGGGUUUGAUUUUAUUCAUCCUCAUCCUGAAAAAUAUUUAGAAGUUUAUCGAAGAAUGAAUGAAACGGUAGAAGGUCAUUUUCAAAUUUUUCCUGCAAAGCAA